AUGGUUGAGGAGUCUCCUCAUCUUCGAGCACAGCGGCUCGCCCAUCAAGUCUGGCAACUCCCGCACUUCCGACUUUCGGUAUUCGAGCGCCUGGUCACGCUUCGUAAGCGGAAGAGCAAGUUUGCGGGCGACGAUGCUUCUCUAAAGCAAUACCUUACUCUGGACAAAGCAUCAUUCCGAGAAGUCGCCAUGCUGCUGUACCCAUGUAUCGAUCUCGACAGCUUCCCGUGGGAUUGCCCCUCACAGGAACGCAAGCGCUUGUAUGCUGCCGGCGUCAAGACUCUCCGAGCCACUGGCUGUCUUCCUCUUUGUGGAAAGUGGGAGUUUGGCGACCUGCUGGACUACUUUCCCAACGUCCAACAGAUCUACUUCAACGCAUCCGGGGUGCGGUGGUCUCGCGAAAUUCGCAAGACAGAUGGUGGUGCCAUGGCGCGUUUCAAUCAGUUCACGAUCAAUCAAACGCUCAAGGCUCAGGAUGGGGUCAUCGCUCCCCCUCAACCUUUUCACGCUCCGCUUAACGUCGAGUACGAGAGAAAAAAGCUCGGCAUUCCUACACUCUCCAUCACCUGGACGAUGUACGAAGGUGACGACUUCUCUUUGUUCGCGAGAGCUGCCGGACCCGAAGUUAAGAACCUACACCUGAACCUUUUCCCCGCGGUGGAGAACUUGUCAACCGCAUUGAACCGUGUUAUGGAUGGUCUUCAAGACGACUUGCUGCCAGGACUCGAUAAUCUGCUCAUUUGGGUCCACUUCAGUUUCACGAUACUGCCUGAACUACAGGAUGAUGGGCCAACGGAGUUCCCAGAAUGGCUAAGUAACACCAUGCCAGCCAAUCUCGACCACAUCCAGCUCUUUCUCGUCUGCGAUAAUGAGGAGAACGACGAUGACUGGUCCGAUUACGAACCCCCAACAGUAGACGACAUACGCGACGAUGUCCUCAAAGCACUCCCGAUCAGCUGGCUCCGCAAUGUAAGGAUCAAGUUCGGGGAGUCCUUCCCUCUGCGAGUGGAGGUGUUGCGCGACUUUGGGGACGGUCUGGAGGAUUGGGAUGAGCCCUUCGACGAGGCUCUGGAUCAUGCCCUUUUCGCCCCAGUCACCGUCAACAGGUCGACUCAGACCGUCGGUCAGUGCACCUGUGUUUGCACAGCACGCUUCAGCAACAUGCCCAUAGAUGUUCAUCAACCUCGAGCACAGCAGCUUGCACACCGGGUCUGGAAGCUCCCCCACGUCCGCCUCUCAGUGUUUGAGUUCCUCGCUACUCUCCUCGAGGAUAAGCGCCCAUACCGGCACCGCAAGACAAACAGCGGCCUUCUGCAGUUUUUGACUCUUGACAAAGAUUCAUUCCCAGAGGUAGCGAUACUGCUCUACACGAGUAUCGACCUCGACGCCUUUCCCUGGAACUGCCCCUCUGAAGACCGCAAACAACUGUAUGCUGCCGGUGUUCGCUUCGUCGAUGCUACCGGGUGUCUACCUCUGUGUGUCCAGUGGGAUUUCCCGGGCAUGCUCGACUAUUUCCACAGAGUUAAGAGGAUCCGUUUCAACUCGACAGACGUGUGUUGGAGUCGACACGCCGACAACAGCAACAACUUCCAAGUGGCCUUGAUGCCCAAAGUACAAGACGGAGCCGUUAUAUCAACGCACAUCUUCCACCCUCUACCCAACCUGGAAUAUAACACACUCUACAACUUCAGACCCAGCCGGCAGCCUGUGAAGUUGCGACCUUACAAACGCAAACGACACGGAGAAAUCGAACUUCCAGACAUCUUCCUACUCCCGUUCGAAGAACUAGACGCUGACAGGGCGUUCUCUAAGCAGGGUCACUGGUAUACAAUUCUGGGCCAGCGCAAGAAGCUCGGUAUACCUACUCACUCAAUCACAUGGACGGCGCUGGAGGGAGACGACCUGAGCAAGCUCACCCGUGUCGCAGGACCCGAUCUGCAAGAGCUCGUCUUGCAUCUGCAUAUUGAGAGGGAGGGCAUUUCGACUGUCUUGAACUCUAUCAUGAGCAGUGUUCGGGACGAUUGGCUUCUGGGUUUGGAAAACCUGAUCGUGUAUGUGCAUUUCGACCGCUACGUCGCUCCGGAGGUGGCAGACCACGGUGACACCUUCAUCCCGGACUGGAUUACCAACGAGAUGCCGGCGAACCUUGAGUUCAUCUUGUUGGUUCUCGCUGUGGACAUGGACGGCCCUGAGUAUACUGGCGAGCCGUUUGAUUAUGAUUCCAUCACCCCCUGUCAGGAUCCAGAACCCAUCCUCGAAGCCUUGCCCUUGAGCUGGAUCCGCAACGCUCGUAUCGCCUUUGGUGAUGAGAUCAACCUCUGCGUCGACGUGUUGAGGGACAUCGGCGGAGGUCUCGACGACUGGAAUGAGCCGCACUUCAAAGACAAGCUCGAACACGCCCUUUAUGGCCCGCUCACCCUCGAUCAGUCGACCCAGACGGUCGGCCAGUGCACCUGUGACCAGAGUGGCUAG